AAUUAAAGAAAGUGAAAAAGGCAGAGAAAAACAUUCUCUUUUCUCUGGGUAACGUAGUAAAAGUUGUAUAUAAACAACAAUGAAACUGUUAUAGUUUCACUCACUACUUCUUUAGAUUCAUUCGAAUACCGGAUCCGGAGGAGAGAGAUAUAAACCGGUAUACAUGUGGUGGUGAAGCGGAGGAGCCAAGAUUCUUGGGUAAUGGGUUGUGUCAGCUCGAAGCAAACCGUCUCCGUAACGCCAGCGAUCGAUCACUCAGGAGUGUUCAAGAACAACAAUGCUUGUUCCGGGUCGGAUCGAAUUGUGGUCGAGGAGCCUUCUCCGGCGGUGGAGAAGAAGCUCGUUUCUUGGAGGAGCAAGAGCGGCAAGAAGAGUAGUAGCAAGAAGAGCGGCAGCGAGUUAGGGACCGAGUCAGGCCGAGCGAGUUCGAAUUGCAGGAGCGAGUCGUUGAGUUUCCGCCUCGGUAACUUGAGCAAGUACUUGGAAGCCGAGCAGGUCGCCGCCGGCUGGCCUUCAUGGCUGAGCAACGUCGCCGGCGAAGCUAUUCACGGCUGGGUCCCGUUCCGAUCCGACGCUUUCGAAAAACUAGAAAAGAUUGGUCAAGGGACUUAUAGUAGCGUGUUCCGAGCACGAGAGACUGAAACAGGGAGGAUAGUGGCUUUAAAGAAAGUAAAGUUCGACAAUUUCGAGCCGGAGAGUGUUAGGUUCAUGGCAAGAGAGAUUCUGAUACUCAGGAGACUCGAUCAUCCCAACGUCAUCAAACUCCAAGGCUUGGUUACUUCAAAUCUCUCUUGCAACAUUCAUCUCGUAUUCGAGUACAUGGAGCAUGACCUCACCGGUCUUCUCUCAAGCCCUGACGUCAGCUUCACAACUCCACAGAUUAAGUGUUAUAUGAAACAAUUAUUGUCUGGACUUGACCACUGCCACGCGCGAGGUGUGAUGCACCGGGACAUCAAGGGUUCGAAUCUUCUGGUGAACAAUGAAGGAGUUUUAAAGGUUGCUGAUUUUGGGCUAGCUAACUUUUGUAAUGCUUCUGGGAAUAAUAAGCAACAACCUCUUACAAGUAGAGUUGUGACUCUAUGGUACCGCCCACCUGAGCUUUUGCUUGGUGCAACGGAGUACGGAGCUUCUGUUGAUCUGUGGAGUGUUGGCUGUGUUUUCGCCGAGCUUCUCCUCAAGAAACCUGUCCUGCAAGGAAGAACCGAGGUCGAACAGUUGCACAAGAUAUUCAAACUAUGUGGAUCUCCACCUGCUGAUUACUGGAAGAAGUCCAAACUUCCUCAUGCAAUGCUUUUCAAACCGCAGCAACAUUAUGAUGGGUGUCUCAGAGAGACCUUGAAAGAUUUGUCCGAAGCUGACGUCACUCUUAUAGAGACUCUUCUUUCUGUAGAGCCACACAAACGUGGGACUGCUUCUGCUGCCCUUGUUUCUCAGUAUUUCACUUCAGAGCCUUUUGCUUGUGAUCCCUCAAGCUUGCCUGUAUACUCUCCUAGCAAAGAGAUUGAUGCAAAGCAUCGUGAAGAUGCAACAAGGAAAAAGAUCAGUGGGAAUGGGAGACGUGGGACAGAAGUAAGGAAGCCAACGAGAAAGCCACCUGCAUUUGCUAAACUGCCACCACCUAACUGCGUGCAGGACGCACGACGUCCUUCACAGACUUUCCAGAAACGUUAUGGUCAUUCAGUUCACAACUCCAUCGAUAGCGAAGCCAGUUUAUAUGGGAAACUGCAAAACCCAUCAUCAGAACAUGAGAAAGAAGAAGCUUCUUCUCAUGUGAAGCACGCGUCACAAGGAGAUGUACCUUUCUCAGGGCCUUUGCAAGUCUCAGUAUCAAGCGGUUUUGCAUGGGCAAAGCGACGAAAAGAUGGAUCACAUAAUAGAUCUCUCUCAAGAGGUUACAUUCCUAACCUGUUGGGACCUUCUCCUGCUUUCAGUGAGAGCACUGACGUUGAGUCUAAGAUCAAUGAGAAUGAAAAGGAAGAAAAAGAUUCCCAAGACCGUGAGGCAUAUGAGAUGUUGAAGCUUUCGAUGUUGAAGAGGUGGAGACAGCUUGAACGUCCAGAUUCUUUUGAUGCUUCAGAUGAGUAUCAUUCGCAGGAACUAUCAUUGGCACUUUAUCAGAGAGAAGAGAAGUCAGCAAAACUUAAUCACUUGGGUUAUGAAGACAAUGAUGAGAAAAUAGAAUUCUCAGGUCCCUUGUUGUCUCAAUCUUAUGGAGUUGAUGAGCUUUUGGAGCGUCAAGAACGCAAGAUUCGCCAGUUAGUUCGAAAAUCUUUGUUCCAGAAAGGUAGGAAACAAGGGAAAUGACUCUGUAUAAAUUUGUAUCUGUCAUGAAAAGCUUCCCAAGUGGAUUCUGAAGAGAGAUCCAAGAACUCAAAAAGACUUGAUGGUCUGAAAAACACAAGGAUAGCAAGAUCUUCAGAAACUGUGAUGAUCAAGCAAAUAUAAAGAAAGCCAUGAAGCUUUUUUUGUUGUUGUUAUUUAUAACUUAAUCUUCUUUAAUGAGUUCAAAUUUUGAGUAUAUAUAAUAACAACGAGCGGUUAUAGA